AUGCGUAUCCACGAGAACGAAAUUGACUGCAGCCCCGACACACCUAGUACAUCCAGCACACCCACUAUGCCUAGCCCCGCCCACACGCCGCCACUCAACGCCCACACCGCCAUCAGCUCCACCACAUUCACUGCAUUUUGCACACCCAUCAUUUUCAACCCAGCCCACACCCCAUCGCCCAGCGCGCCCACCACCACCAGCUCCACCAUCUCCAUCACGGGAACUGGUACUGACGCCGCCGACUUCUCAAGUCCACAGUGUCCCAGUAUAUUCACCUCACGCAUCGGCAUGGUUGGCUACUUGCGAAUCCAUCGCACAGAGACUGGUAAACCAGUGCCCGGAGCACCAACCUGCACUCGCCGCAUCCGCAUCCAUUGUCCACAUUGUGUCCGCAUGGGUCUACUAGGCUUCAUGCUCGUUCAUAAAAAAACUGCGGUAGACAGCCGCCGCAUGUACCCCACCAUCACAUCUUCCCUCGCCAGCAUCUCACCGCACAUAAACAUCAUCAACCGCAAGCACCUAACUGCAACCUCCCACACAAGUGGGAUGUGUGCGUCUCGGCCUCUUCUCCAUGCGGCUCACCUGCUGCAUGUGUGA